ACCAGCAGCGGCGGCAGCCUUGGGUGUUAUGAGAGGAAUGCUGCUGCCCGGAGCGGCGGGGCUGAGCUCGGGAUGAGCUGGCGGGCGCGGUGGGGCUCCACCCCAGAGCGGUCGUCUCCGGGCGAGGGGGACCAGUCGCCGCCGCCGCCGUCGUCCCCGCCGCUUCCACCCCGGAAACAGUCGCCGAAGCAGCCGCCGGCCUAUGCCUCCUGCUCGGUGCCCGUGUCGGUGCCCGGCGGGGGCCUGUUCGCCUGGGUGUGCGACCGGCGCCUGGGCCAUGGGGGCCGCUGCAUGGAGCCGGCCCGAGACACCUUCCGGGCGAUGACGGGGCUCUACGGGGCCAUCCAGCCCGCGGACUCCGUCUCCCCCUUCACAUGCAUGCACGGAGCCCUCUUCAACCUGGAGUAUUCCCCUGGUGGGUCAGUGCUAACUGUUGCUUGUGAACAGACGGAAGUCCUGCUUUUUGACCCCAUAUCUUCAAAGCACAUCAAAACAUUCUCCACUGCUCAUGAGGACUGUGUAAAUAAUAUCAGGUUUCUUGAUAACAGACUGUUUGCAACAUGCUCUGAUGACACUACCAUAGCGAUGUGGGAUCUGAGGAAGCUUGAUUCCAAAGUGUGCACUUUACACGGUCACACCAGCUGGGUGAAGAACAUUGAAUAUGAUACUAACACAAGAUUGUUAGUAACAUCGGGAUUUGAUGGAAAUGUUAUUAUUUGGGAUACCAAUAGGUGCACAGAAGAUGGCUGCCCUCACAAGAAGUUCUUUCACACCAGCUUCCUCAUGCGCAUGAGGUUGACCCCAGACUGUUCCAAAAUGUUGAUCUCAACUUCUUCCGGGUAUCUCCUGAUUUUGCAUGACCUCGACUUAACCAAAUCUUUAGAGGUUGUCAGCUACCCCAUUUUAAGAGCCAGGAGGACCGCAUCCAAUUUAGAUCUGGCGUCUGCUGCCUCAUCUGGUCCAAGGAGUACUGGAUCACCAUGUCACCAGGGUGACUCAACCCCCCUAUCUGAGAAAAAUGCAGUACGAGCUACCCAACAAGAAGGUGGAUCACCACGCAAUAGUCUUGAAGUUCUGACCCCAGAGGUUCCUGGUGAGAGGGAUUGAGGAAACUGCAUUACAUCACUGCAGCUCCAUCCCAAAGGGUGGGCUACGCUUCUUCGAUGCUCAAGUAACACUGAUGACCAGGAGUGGACUUGUGUCUAUGAAUUCCAAGAAGGCACCCCAGUGAGGCCAGUUUCCCCUCGGUGUUCUCUCCGAUUGACUCACUGCAUUGAGGAAGCCAAUGUUGGUCGAGGCUAUAUCAAAGAACUCUGUUUCAGCCCGGAUGGCCGCAUGAUCGCCUCCCCGCAUGGUUAUGGGAUCCGCUUGUUGGGGUUUGACUCGCAGUGCAGUGAACUGGUGGACUGUUUCCCCUUGCAAGAGAUCCGCUCACUCUACUCACAUAGUGACGUGGUCCUGACCACCAAGUUCUCUCCAACGCAUUGUCAGAUUGCCUCUGGGUGCCUUAGUGGGCGUGUGUCUUUAUAUCAGCCAAAGUUUUAGGCACCUUUUGCCUUGAAAGGAAUAUCUGUUGUUUGUCUUUUAAAUUACUUCAGUUUAGUUGGAGUGUUCUUUUAAAAACAAAACAAAACAGAAGAAUCUUGUACAU